CUUCAACCACUCAUGCCAGGUGUCAAAGCUCCGAGUCCCUUCUCAGUUCUGAGUAUACUACUGCUGCCAAUUUCAGCCGAGUCAACCUUCCUCUCUCUCUGACCUCAAUCUCUCUCGUCUUCUUCUUCUUCAAUUCAAAUUAGUUCAACAAAGUCAUCGCCAUUAAAGUUGCUCAAUUUCUCAAUUGUUUCACUUUAUGCAAUUCCCCUCUUCUCCGAAUGUCGACAGCAUCUUCAUCCAAAACCGACGACGCCGAAGCUCUACGUCGGCAUCGUAUUCUCUCUAGCAAGCUGUAUUUGGAUGUGCCUCCUUCUAAGGUUCCGUUGAUAUACUCGUCAUCCUAUGACAUUUCUUUUCUCGGUAUUGAGAAACUGCAUCCAUUUGACGCUUCAAAAUGGGGUCGAAUCUGCCGGUUUCUCUCUAAGAACGGUAUCGUGGAUCAAAAGCAUAUAGUUGAGCCUGUGGAGGCAACAAAAGAUGAUCUGCUAGUGGUGCAUUCAGAAUCAUACUUGAAAAGUUUGAAUAGCAGCUUGAAUGUCUCCAAGAUUGUUGAGGUCCCUCCUGCUGCAAUGCUUCCCAAUUGCCUUGUGCAGCAGAAAGUGCUUCGCCCUUUCCGCAAGCAGGUGGGAGGAACAAUCGUGGCUGCAAAGCUUGCAAAAGAACGAGGAUGGGCUAUUAAUGUUGGUGGUGGAUUUCAUCAUUGUUCAUCAGAGAGGGGAGGCGGUUUUUGUGUUUAUGCUGAUAUAUCUCUUUGUAUACAUUUUGCAUUUGUGCAUUUAAAUAUCUCAAGAGUCAUGAUAAUCGACCUUGAUGCACACCAAGGAAAUGGCCAUGAAAUGGACUUCUCCGAGGACAGAAGAGUCUUUAUCCUUGAUAUGUACAAUCCUGGAAUUUAUCCACUUGAUUUUGAAGCCAGGCGGUACAUUGAUCUAGGAGUCGAAGUUCAGAGUGGGACUGCAACAGAUGAAUACUUGACUAAGCUAGAUCAUGCACUUGAGGUUGCAGAGAAGAAAUUUGAUCCCGAUUUUGUUGUCUAUAAUGCUGGCACUGAUAUUUUGGAUGGGGAUCCACUUGGCAGGUUGAAGAUCAGUCCUGAUGGCAUUGCUAGUAGGGACGAAAAGGUUUUCAGGUUUGCUAGAGAGAGAAACAUCCCCCUCAUCAUGCUCACAUCAGGCGGUUACAUGAAAUCCAGUGCCAGAGUUAUUGCUGAUUCAAUCAUAAAUCUCUCUGAGAAAUCCCUUAUAGACAUGAAAAGUUUACCAGCUGGAAAAGCAUAGUAGGUGAAUGUCCUUUGGGCUACUUUGAAAGGCCUGAAAUUUAAACUGUUUUCGUUUGUGUUUCUAAGAAGAGAGAAUAAUUUCCGUUGAUAGUGGUUGCGUGUAGUAUAUGCUACUGGGAUGCAGGAGAAGGGAAAAGCGAGAAUGUUAAGAUUUGUGCACCUUAAUGCAUUUAGCUAAGAAUGUAAAUUAUAUAUUCCUAUGUUGCUAGUUCAUGUAUGAACUCACUCAUGCAACUUGUAAUCUUCAACGCAUCAGGAUGUGGUAUAUGUAAAGGAGGAGCAUGAUUCAAGUUAUGGCUCAACUCUUGGUAGCAGAUUGGAAUCUGUUUGUGACU